GCGUUCGCCUUUCUCGCGACAGCACCGCCACCUGCACGAGAUAGAAAAUCUUCUUCUCUCAUUUAUCUCCACACUUAUCUCUCUCCAAGCUUCCACUGCUUCUUCAUUUCCUCUACUCUUUCAUCAAUACGGGAAAAAGACAACCAAACCCUAAAAUCAUCUCCUUCUCCCCCCUUAAUAAUAACGCCGCCGUAAAGGAGCCAGCACUGCCGCGCCCAGCUCGCCGUCGCUCUCUCUCUCUCUCUCUCUCUCCAUUUCUCCUCUCCUUGAUGGCUGGAGUAUUAGGAUAUAGGAGUCUAGCGCCCAAGACAAAGAAUUUCAUAGUUGCUGGGGGUUUGACAACUUUUGUCUUUGGGGCAUACUUCUACACCAUGAGAGCUGUUGGAGGUACUGAUGAACUACAGGUAGCAAUAGAUAAGUUUGAAGCAGACAAGAGCACUAAAGAGGGUGAUGCAAGCAUACCAUCAAAAGUCUAAAGCUGGUUGCUUACAGAACCAAAAUAAUACUUUAGUUGUAUUCAUUGUUCUGGUUUAGUCGAAGCUCUUAUCUCCCUUUAGCAUGAGAGUAUUUAAAAAAUAUUUUUGAAUCUUGUAUUUAAUAAAUUUUAACCAGCUUUGUGUACAAUAACCGAGUGCUAGGGAAACCGUAGGCGAGAUAUUUUUCAUCGCUAUUGAGAUAUUUUGAUGACAACACAAGUCUAGAUUGGUUGUUGGGGUUGGAUGCGGUAGCGAUUGAUAAAGAGAAAUAAUUCAUACUACAUGGGAAGAAGGUUUAGUUAAAGUA